AUGCACUCCCGUCUCCUUGUCUCUGGGCUUCCCAGGUCCCUGCCCUCCCUCUCACGCUCGCCUAUGCUGCCCUGCCUUCCCUGCGUCGAGGGGCGGCAGCGCGCCACUCCUCACUCCUUCGAGUUUCCUCCGACCACUGCUCCUCUACAGACUCUCCACAUGGACGUUUGGGGCCUGGCCCCUGUCGGUGGAACGGACCAGGAGCGCUACUUCUUGCUGAUUGUUGGCGACUACACACGCUACACCACUGUCUUCCCCUUGCGGCGUAAGGCGGACGUCAGUGGUGUUUUGAUCCCCUCGAUCCGUGCUACUCGUCGCCAGCUGCACGAGCGGUUUCGUCGGGACUUUCCAGUCCUGCGUCUACACUCUGACAGGGGCAAGACCUCGCCCACCCUCCGGUGGACGGGGAAGGUUAGCAAUUUGUCGGUGUUUCGGGUCCGAGGGGCACUCUCCCUUGUUCACGAUGCCAAAGCGAGCAAGCUCUCCUUUCGCACUCUCUGCUACAACUUCCUUGGCUUCCCCACCGACGCCCCGCCAUGGCAGUUCUACUACCCGCGCGACCGUCGCGUGUUCUCCUCCCAGGACAUCACCUUUGACGAGGGUGCUGACUCUGGGGGUGCUGCGAGUACUUGUGGUGGUGGAGCUGUGGGUGACCCGGCUGGAGGUACUGCUGGUGCUGGAGGUGCUGGAGGUACUGCUGGAGGUGCUGGAUGUGCUGCUGGUACUGGGGGUACUACUGGAGGUGCUGGAGGUGCUGCUGGUACUGGAGGUACUAGAGGUGCUGCUGGUGCUGGAGGUGCUGGAGCUGCUAGUCCUGGAGGUACUGGAGGUGCUGCUGGUGCUGGAGCUGGUGCUGGAGGUGCUGGUGCUGCUGGUGCUGGAGGUGCUGAAGGUGCUGGAGGUACAGCUGGUGCUAGAGGCGCUGGAGCUGGAGGUUUUGGAGGUGCUGGAGCUGCUGGUCUUGGAGGUGCUCGUACUGGAGGUACUGGAGCUGCCAGAGCUGGUGGUGCUGCUGGUGCUAGAGGUGCUAGAAGUUCUGGAGGCGCUGGAGCUGGAGGUACUAGAGGUGCUAGAGCUACCGGAGCAGGUGGUGCUGCUGGUGCUGGAGGUGCUGGUGGUGCUACUGGAGCUGCUGGCACUGGUGUUGGAGGUACUGCUGGUGCUAUAGGUGCUGGCGCUGCCGGAGCUCGUGGUGCUGCUGGUGCUGGAGGUUCUCGUGCUGCUGGUGCUGGAGGAGUUGGAGGAGCUGGAGCUGAUGGUUCUGCCCCGAGGCGACUGUUUUUCUACCCGAAGCCGCAGUUGUCCAUGCCGCCGCCUGACUCGCCAAGUUCUUAG